UUAUUCUCUUGACCGUCUAUAUUUAUGAUGAUGCACCUCCAUUACCUACCCCAGAAAUUGAUCUAACGCCUCUUUCUGAUGAUGCCCCUUUACCUAUUGAGCCACAUGCUAGUUUUGAGGUUCUAGUUCCUCCUCUUGAGCCUUCUUCAGAUGCAAUUCAUGCUGCCCCUUUGGUUGUCUCCUCACCACCUUGUUCAAUUGAUACAGAACUCGAGGAGCAUUUGGUGAAGAAGAAACGAAUGACCGAGUCCCCCCUACAGCUGAAUGGUCAAUUCUUGCCUUUCGCCUUGUAUUGA